GAGGGAGAGAGAGAGGGGGGGGUUGAAUUACCAAAAAAAUCCUCCAGAUUGGGAACACAUCCGGAGUCUCGACGAUCAUAAAUUAUCGGCACCUUUUUUAAGAAACCCGUGUUUUAUAGUUUUUUUUAUUAAUUUAUUGUAUUUCUCGUAGUUUAUGGUUUAUGUUAACACUCCGGGAGGGCAGAAAUGGCGGCCAACAUGUACCGGGUCGGAGAUUAUGUAUUUUUUGAGAACUCCUCCAGUAACCCUUACCUGAUCCGCCGGAUAGAAGAACUCAACAAGACGGCCAGUGGGAAUGUGGAGGCCAAGGUGGUUUGUUUCUACAGAAGGAGAGACAUCUCCCACAGCCUCAUCCAGCUCGCAGACAAACAUGCAAAGGAGUUGGAAGAGGAGAAGGAGAGUCCGAUAGAGACAGAACUAACAGAAAAACAGAAACACCAGCUUCGCCACAGAGAGCUCUUCCUUUCCCGGCAGUAUGAGAGUCUACCUGCCACACACAUCAGGGGGAAGUGCAGCGUCGCAUUAUUGAAUGAGACUGAAGCUGUUCUUUCAUACCUUGACAAAGAGGAUACCUUCUUCUACUCGCUGGUGUACGACCCGACACAGAAGACCCUGCUGGCCGACAAAGGAGAGAUCAGAGUGGGACCGCGCUUUCAGGCAGACGUACCUGAGAUGCUACAAGAGGGUGAAGCAGACGACAGGGACCAGUCCAAGCUAGAAGAGAAGCUGUGGGAUCCAGAGUGUCCACUCACCAACAAACAGAUAGACCAAUUCCUAGUGGUGGCACGGGCGGUUGGGACCUUUGCUCGGGCGCUGGACUGCAGCAGCUCAGUUAGACAGCCAAGUUUACACAUGAGUGCAGCCGCAGCCUCACGAGAUAUCACACUGUUCCAUGCGAUGGACACACUGCAUCGCCAUAAUUACGACCUGUCCAGUGCGCUGAGCGUGCUGGUCCCGGCGGGUGGCCCAGUGCUCUGCAGGGAUGAGAUGGAGGAGUGGAGCGCCUCGGAAGCUGCCAUGUUCGAAGAGGCGUUAGAGAAAUACGGAAAAGACUUCAACGACAUCCGACAAGACUUUCUGCCAUGGAAGUCUCUGACCAGUAUCAUAGAGUACUACUACAUGUGGAAGACCACAGACAGAUAUGUGCAACAGAAGAGACUGAAGGCAGCAGAGGCAGAGAGCAAACUGAAGCAGGUUUAUAUCCCCACAUAUAAUAAGCCCAACCCCAACCAGAUCUCAAUGACCAAUGGCAAGAUGGCGACAGUGAAUGGAGCAGGCCCCGGGGCUUACCAUGCAGCUGGCGGCGGCAGAGCCUGCGAGAGCUGCUAUACCAUGCAGUCGGCCCAGUGGUACUCAUGGGGGCCUCCAAACAUGCAGUGCCGCCUGUGCGUUUCCUGCUGGAUGUACUGGAAGAAGUACGGUGGCCUGAAGAUGCCGAGCAGAGCAGAAGGCCCAGAGGAGAGGACCUCCCCCAGUCCAGCAACCAAUGUGGUCUAUUGUAGGGAGCGUCUGUACCAUUAGCGUCUUCUCCAACAGUGUACUCUCUACUCCCAGUUCAUCCAGUUCAACCUAAUACAGCCAUGAAUUCUGCCUGCAUGAAGGUUGUACUCGUAAUGUUCAGUUUUUUGUUGAAAAUGUUUCAGGGAGAUGUUGAUUCAAUUUUACAGUCAUUUGGAGACUGUAAUUACCCUCAUUUACAUAAAUGGUGUGGAAAAAAAUCAUUUAAAUAAUUUCCCCAUAUAAAGCAGCACCACAAACUGCUGUCUCAAAAAUUAGCAUAAAGUUGAGUCAGUAAAUCUAUAAAACCUGUUUGAACAGAAACUGAACUGUAUAACCUUCAUGAAGGUUGGGGUGUUAUGAUUUUUGUAUGGGGUGAUGAUGGUAUUUGGGUUAUAUAAGCAGCUGUAAACCUCUGUACUAUAUUAUAUUUAGUAUUAAGUGUAUAUGUUUUUUAAAUGGAAUUAAAGGGGGACAUAUGCUUUUUGUGAUUUCUGUGUUUAUACGGUGAAAAUAUCAGGUAUCUGUGUUAAACAUGGUCAUUGUGUAAAAUUCUCCCUACAAGUUGAAAUCCAGGGCUUCAGCUUGGUCCAUUUCGUCCCUGUGAUGAUGGCAGACUGUUUGUGCAUGUCCACAAACGGCCAUCUGUGCUGCAGUCUUUGUUGCUAAGGUCUUUGGAUGUGGUGUUUGCGUUGUCCAUUCGUAUAAUUCAGAUAGGAUUCAGGAUGGAAACAUGCACAGAUGUAUUUGAAAAGUGUCCAAUUCUUGUAAAGAAUGAGAAAAAAUAUCCUACUAUUGUUUGUUAACCGAAAGUCAGCCAAGAUGCAGCUACUAGAAAGUUAUCAGUAGGGGCGGGCCUUUAAGAGACAGGAGCUAAAACAGCCUUUUUCAGACAGAGGCUGAACAGAGGGGCUGCAUAAAGGGCCAGAAUAAGAUACAUGAUUUUGAACUUUAAAUCCUGCCAAUAUGUUCCAGUAGAUAAGAAUAUAAAUAUAGACCUGGAAAUGUGCAUCAUAUGUGCCCUUUAACAUUUAAAAACAAUAGCUUCUGCUGUCUUUGAUCUGAACUGCACUGUCAUGGAGUUACAUGGAGGCUAGUUGAACAGAACAUAGCACAUAAGUGAAGUAAGACUUGGGGCCUCUAUAGUUUAUAUAUUCAAACAUCAUUUUUUUUUGUCA